AUGUUCGGAUAUCCACAACAAGUACCUUACGGCCAACCCCCUAUGCAAUAUGGUCAACCCCCAAUGCCUGGGAUGAUGCCGGGAGGAAUGCCCCCGAUGGGAUGUCCUCCUAUGGGAAUGCCCCCAGUACAAGCCCCAGCGUUAAUGACGCAAUUCAAUUUGUGGGAGUUGAAACCACUUCAAAAUGGAUGGGGUGGACAACAGUGUUGCUAUAAAAUGAACGCUGCUAUUAAAAACUCGUGGUGGUACUGUUUGGUGAAUAUUAUUCCGAUUGACCAAUACCAGAGGAUAUAUGCUUGGUUCAUGGGAGUUGAUAGAGACAGAAGUGGAACUUUGGAAAUCAACGAAUUAAUGACGGGACAAUUUCCGGGUGGUAUCAGACUUGCACCAAAGACUGCAUUAAGAAUGAUGAGAAUCUUUGACACUGACCACAACGGUCACAUCUCCUUCUAUGAAUUCAUGGGACUUUACAAAUUCCUUGAGUUGUGUUUCACAUUAUUUGUGAUGAACGACACUAACAGAAGUGGAACAAUGGAGCCACACGAAAUAUUGCCGGCUUUAAAACAACUUGGGUUCUUCAUUCAACCAGCGACUGCUCUUAUUUUACACAAGGCGUUUUCUCAAGGAAUGGUUAUGUGUGACAUGAACUGUUGGAUUGCCAUUUGCGCGUUUGCAGCACAGUGCAGAAGUUGUUAUCAAGUCAUCUUCUCCAACACUUAUUAUGGUGCGAUGAGAAGAUUUAACCCGCAACAGUUUGGAAAGUUUCUUGAUGUUGUUGCAUACAUCUUGGAUUAA